ACGUGGCCCGCGGCUCCCAUGACGCGUGGGCUCCGGGGCGUCACGGCGACAAUCGGGCACCUCCGCCUGCUGUGCUGCCGCGGUGCUAUCAUGGAUCUGGGACCCAUGCGCAAGAGUUACCGUGGGGACUGCGAGGCUUUCGAGGAGACUCACCUGGCCUCGAUGGACCCCAUGAAGCAGUUCGCUUCCUGGUUUGAGGAGGCCGUCCAGUGUCCUGAGAUCGGGGAAGCCAAUGCCAUGUGUCUGGCUACCUGCACAAGGUAGGCACAAGUUCAGGCCCCUGUGUGGUUGUGUACAGAGGAGGUCAGAGCUUAGAAAGCGCUUCCUCAAUUCAGUGGAGAACAGCCUUGUGGUUCCAGCUUUGCUCUGAGAUGCUGUGUGGCCUCAGGCAGGUAACUUAAUGCGAAUCCCUUUGCCUCCCUUGUCUUCUACUGGGAGCCCCUUCACCGUCAGGUGCGUGUGGAGGGCCACGUGCAGAAGCUGCCGGAGGCCGAGGCCGAGAGCUACUUCCACUCCCGCCCCAAGAGCAGCCAGAUCGGGGCGGUGGUGAGCCAGCAGAGCUCGGUGAUCCCGGACCGUGCGUAUCUGAGAAAGAAAAAUGAAGAACUGGAGCAGCUCUACCGGGAACAGGAGGUGCCCAAGCCAAAAUACUGGGGCGGCUACGUGCUGUACCCGCAGGUGAUAGAGUUCUGGCAGGGCCAGACGAACCGCCUGCACGACCGCAUCGUCUUCCGGCGGGGCCUCCCCACAGGGGACUCCGUGGGACCCUUGACCCACAGCGGGGAGCAAGGCUGGCUCUACGAGAGGCUGGCACCAUGACCCUGGUGUUGGUGACAGUGACCGUGGGGCUCCGUGCAGAGCAGUAGCGACCCCUCCUCCACACAACCCCUCCCUCCCUCCCUCCCUCCCUCCCUCCCUCCCUCUCUGCCCCAGCUGGGUCUCAGCUGCCGAGCCAGGGGUCACCACUGCCUCACAGAGAAUCACAGACUUGAAAGAAUCUCGUUGAUUUUCUCUACCUUCCCUGAGGUCCCCUCCCCGCAGCCCUGUUGCCCUGAGAUUCAUGCUACCUGAGCCAGAAUAGCCACGCAGAUUUCUCAGCAACGACUUGGACUUUGAACCAGACAUGGAAUGCACACCUGUGAUCCCACUAUUCUUAGGAGGCUGAGGCAGGAGGAUGGGAAGUUUGAGCUCCCGCUGGGUAACUUAGCAACUUUAUGAGACCUUGUCUCAAAAUGAAAAAUACAGAUGAUAAUUUGACUUUGAAAUGGGGAGGUUCAGGGCCUGGGAGUGAAGUAGUUAAAUCGUCUGUGGCGGCCCAGAGCUGCAGCUCACAGGGCUGCCUUAUGUCUGUGUGUUCCUCCUUCCACUGCAGAAUGCCCCACUGUCUCUGCAUUCCUUUUUUCCCUUGACCUAGCUAAUAUUUAUACCAAGAAAAAAAAGCCUUCCUUGAUAGGAUGUUUUGAUAGCCAUUCCCCACAUUGAUUGCUGUCUUUCAUCGUUUGAAACACAGUGCUAUGGAAGAGAUUCAGUUUAUUCUUUUCCAGGGAGGUAGCUCAGUUGCAGAAGUGCCUGCCUGGCAAGCGCAAGGUCCUGAGUUCAAUCCCUGG